CUCGACGCUAGUAGCACUGCCACUUCCCAAUUAGGAAGUCACGUGAAUGGUCAAAUCUUCCGACCCAAAAUUAAAAAAUGCUCAGUUCAGUGGGAAAUCACUUUCUACAAUAAAAGGAAACUUUUGAUGCAAAAUGCUUGAGCCUCAUAUCAUGCUCUCCAGGAGGCAUAAUGAAAGAUUCGGUUCAGAUAGCAGGUGCUCUAAAGGCCUCUAGAAACACCUCAUGUGAGUGCUUUGGCUAUAUUCCCUCUGUGGCCGCCGUCAUUUUCCGUCGCUGUUUGUCACGGUGUGACGCUUAGUCAUGGGUGCUGGUUUCUAAUGCGGCAUACCUUAUCAACGAUAUGGAUGUGACAGAGCAGAGACACGUCCCUCGUGACCCCUUUCCCUUGUUCCUCUGCCUUGGUUCCACCACUUCAAUUGACUUCGAUGGCUCGCGAAGUCAUCGAAAUACCCUCCUCACCUGAGGUCUCGCCGGAAGUUCGCGCAAGGAAGCCAGCUCCACCAGGGAGAGCUGUUCGGCGCGUCGACACUAUCAUCAUUAUUGAUUCAGACGAAGAAGACCGCGCUCAACGCCAGACGCGUGAUCGCAAUGCUGUCGCUGGGUCUUCAAAGAAGAAAGAGAAUCUUGCUCCUUUGACGCGUAGGGCCGGAUCUUCCUCCCGGUCUGCCGAUAACAUACCCGGCAAACGGCGAGGAAAGAACAAGCCGGAGCCUUUGUUUCUUCCAAGCGACGAGGAGAACGAACCGCCGCCACCAACGACCCAAACACAAGCUGACGAGGAGGAGCAUGAGGCUGUCGGCGGAACGAGAUUUCCGGCGCCGCCCCCUGAUCCGGUGCAUAUUUAUGUGGCCCGCGUUCUCGAAAUCGUACCGGACGUACUCGAAGAACACGCGUUAUGUCUCGUCCGGAAGCAUCUCAAGACCGCUGGAAAUGGUUUGAUAGAAACUGUGAUCCAUGCACUUUUCGAGAAUCCGACUUAUCCGCGAGCGGACAGCAAAGGCAAACGUCGUGCACAGCCCAAUGAAUGUGACACGCAAGGGAAACGGGUGAAACUUGACUACUCUAGCACUGAGAGGGGCUAUAAGGGUGGGGUUCACUACGAGCAACUUGCCAUGGAUCAACUCUCGCUGGAUUUCCCGCUCAUUCCCAGAAUGCAUAUCCGACUUUCCUUACUUGACCACCGUUCACUUUACGCGCCGACCUAUUUAUUUCUGGAGAAAGAACAGUCCUCCGAAGCUCUUCCUUAUACACAGAAGCGCAUCCCGACUAGACCUGCGGCGAAAGGCAAGCGGAGGGCCACUCAUGAUGAAGAAUUCGAGAAGGAGAGAGAGUGGAUCUUAUCCCGUGGAGGAGCUGCGAUGACUCCGGUGCUAACUGAAGCUUCGGGUGAAGCUGAGAUUGAAUGCGGAUGCUGUUUCACCGACUCUCCCUUUGACAAGAUGAUCCAAUGUCCAGAUGCACAUCUAUUCUGUACGGAAUGCAUGACUAGCUACGCCGAAAACCUGCUCGGCUCGCAUGACCACAAAAUCAUCUGCAUCGAUCAAUCUGGCUGUAAAUUGGCUUUCACGGUCGCGGAACUACGACGCUUCUUGACGCCUCAGCUGUUUUCUCUGUACGAGAGAGUCAAACAAAGCAAGGAAGUUGAGGCGGCAGGACUGGACGGGAUCGAAGAGUGUCCAUUCUGUGAGUUCAAAUGCAUCAUUGAAAACGAAGAGGCGCGAAAAGCUCUUCACUUGUCUUGUAGACAGUGCAAGCAGCUGGACCACCUUCCCAAGAGCUGUAAAGAGGUUCAAGACGACAAAAAGUUAGAUGCACGUCAUGAAAUCGAAGAAGCAAUGACACGCGCGUUGAUGCGCAAUUGUCCACGGUGCAAUAAAGGUGCGCGAUCACCCGGGAGCUCAGCUGUACAGAGCCUGAUUCGAUGCAGCGUUUGUCAAAGACCACGGAGUAAGCAUCUUUCUCGCUACUUGCUCAAAAGGCUUGACCUUCUCCAGUGCAACAAAAUGACUUGUCCAUUUUGUCACACCAAGUCAUGUUACCUGUGCCGCAAAGUUAUCACCGGCUAUGAUCAUUUCUUGCCACAGUCUCCGAUGCAACCUGGUGGCGUUGGUCCAAGUAGAGUAGGCGGCAAAUGUGUUCUUUGGGAUCCGGUAGAUCAGCGCCACGCUGAAGAGGUCGGUCGUAGCUUUUCCUCCACUGAAUGCCUAUUCAAUUAUUCCUUGAAGGUCAAGCAAGCAAGAGAUAGAGCUUUGAAAGAUUUCCGACGACAUAAUCCUGACACUGAUGACGAACAUCUGCAAGUGGAUUUGCCCGUCGCUCCGCGGGCAAUAGAUCCUGUAGCCCAUCCAGCCCAUCCUGUUGCCCCCGGUUUCGGAGGAGCUCAUCGCGGGAUGGGUCAACAUGGUUUUCCCCAUCACAUGGUGGCACCACAGCCAAUGGUUCACAACAAUCAAAUGGCCCAAAUCCAGGCUCAAAUCCAUGCGAAUAUGGCACAGUUGCGCGCUCAAAUGUUGGCAAUGCAGCCGCCAUUGCCACCGGUCCGCAGAGCGCCCAGGAGACGAACUUAA